AUUUAUGCUUCAGUUUCCAAGUAGUGAUAUGUGACGAGUGUCAUGCGAUUAAGGAUAGUAAAGCCCAACGAACUAAGGCUGUGAUGCCCGUACUCCAGAGAGCCAAUCGUGCUAUUCUCAUCUCGGGUACACCGGCACUCAACCGAGCGGCGGAACUCUACAAUAUCCUUUACUGUCUUCUUAGUAAGGACAGUGCCAUUAUCGCUAUCAUUUCCAACCAUUUUCGUUUAGGACGACUUGUCAACAAGUGGGUUGGGGCCAAAAACAAAGAGGAACUUUAUAAUCUGCUCACAAAUACGAUAAUGAUACGACGAUUAAAGAAGGAUGUGUUGAAGGAACUACCUGAAAAAAAUAGAAUUAAAGUCCCUUUAGACAUCACAGACGGCAAAUCCCAAAAGGUUUUGGCGGAGGUGCAGCAAGCUCAGAAGACUAUGAGAGAGUUGAGUCGAGAGAGCCUUAUGAAUGGUGAUGGGCGCCAGAGGUCUCAAGGAUUCCUCGAAAUAUGGAGGAAAACUGGCGAGGCUAAAAUAGGGGCUGUCAAG